AUGGAAGGUAGACUUAGGAAAUGGAGAAGCAAACGAGACUUUCUAAAACUUCUGCAGUCUCGUGAAACUAAUGCAGAAACGUCUAAAUUUUUCAAGCAACAUUCACAGUUUACAGAUAGCUUAAUAAAGAGACUGGGACUGGAGUUUGAGCUACUAGGCCAUCAAGGUUGUGUGAACUGUUUGGAGUGGACUCCCAAUGGAGAGCACUUGGCUUCUGGUUCAGAUGACACAAAUAUUAUAUUAUGGGACCCUUUUCGCCACAAACACCUGCAGCUUAUACCAACUCAACACAUUGGAAAUAUUUUCUCUGUUAAGUUUUUAGGAGGUUCGUCCACAGAAAUAGCAACAGCUUCAGGUGAUGGUAGGGUCUUAGUACAAUCUAUUCCAACGGCAGUCGCCAAAGGACAUCCGCUUUUGGAAUGCAGCUGCCACAUAAAUCGCGUGAAAAGAUUAGCCACUUCUCCAAUUGAGCCUUCUUUGUUUUGGUCUGCAGCUGAAGAUGGACUCAUUAUUCAAUACGAUUUAAGGGAACAGCACGAAUGUUCCUCCUCCCAAAGAAAAGUGUUAAUUGACCUGAGUAGCAAUUAUGGAGAGCUCAAAUGUGUAGCUAUUAAUCCUAUGAAACCACAUUAUCUAGCAGUUGGGGCCAAUGAUUGCUAUGUAAGAUUAUAUGACCGUAGGAUGUUGAAACCUUACAUAAGGGAAGGGCAUUUUUUGCUUUCCAUGGAUAUGAUUGCAGACAAAUCGUCAGAAAGAGAACCAGUAGAGUUGAACUGUGCGCAAUAUUACGCUCCAGGCCACCUGGCCGUGGAAAAUGCCAAAAUGAUCAAUUAUAAAUUGGCUGUAACAAAUAUAUCUUUCAAUUCUGCCGGAUCGGAAAUGUUGGCGAAUAUGGGCGGUGAACACAUCUAUCUUUUUAACGUCAAUAAUUCUAGGCACAUUAGUGAUAUGCAAGUACCUCAGAUGGUCAAUAAAAAGGAUCAGCCCGUUUGUAAACAAUGUCGCAAGACGGGAGGAAACGGUUAUAUAAACGGCGUAAAACUAGAUCACUGUCCGGAAGAAAAUUGUAUGUGCUUCUACCUAGAAAGAGCAAAUCAGUGUCAAAAGCGGAAAUGGAUGGGAGACGUAUAUAAUGCUGCUAGGGACUUUUUACACGUGAUACAGAAUUGGCCUAAUCACACACAGGCUUAUAUUGGCCUAAUAGAGUGUUUAAUAGAACUUAAAUGGGGGAAGGAAGCUCAGCGAUGGCUCGACUAUUUUCUAAAUUUACCAAUAAAUUCCAACCACGAAAAGUCAGUUGUUUUACCAUCAGAAGUUCAAAAUGUGCUCGUGUCCAAUCAAGAGAAAGCCAACAGAGAAAACGAGCUCGCAGACCAAUCAAUAUCCGAACGUACUCUCAGGAAAGUGGGGGAAGUUGAGCAGAAAAGAAGGCUGGAAUCUCUAGAUUUUGAACUGCGGUUCCUCGGACAUUGUAAUACUACAACUGACAUUAAGGAAGCCAGCUUUUUAGG